CUUAUCUCUUUCUCGACCAUGAGAUGCGCAGUUUUCUUGUUUUCUCUGUUGCCGAUCUAUGUAUUUUCUAUGCUUCAGACUGCCCUUGAAUGAGGGUUUGGCGUCAUAUGCACUCGAAGGUGCUCAACUGUCGUCUUUACAACUGGACAAAUUCACUGUUGUAUCUCAUCCCAGGUAUCCUGGACAUCGUGUACGUGUCAAGAAGACAAGUUUUUGUGAUUCAACAGUCAAUGCAUACACGGGAUAUCUGGAUGUCGACCAAGGGGCGAAGCACAUAUUCUUCUAUUUCUUUGAGAGUAGGCGCAAUCCCGACAAAGAUGAUGUUAUGAUGUGGAUAAAUGGAGGUCCUGGAUGUUCGUCUUCAAUGGGACUUCUCAUGGAAUUAGGUCCAUGCAGCAUCGAUAUGGAUGGAUCCUCUUCCAAUGGGACUGUUUGGAACCCUUACUCUUGGAACGAAGUUGCGAACAUCUUUUUCCUCGAUCAGCCUGUGGGAGUAGGUUUCUCAUAUGCGGAUUAUGGGGAGACCGUACAAACGACUGAGGCCGCUGCUAAGAACGUUCACGCGUUCGUCACAAUCUUUUUUGAGACUUUCAAACAGUUUUCCGGUCGGAGACUUCAUCUCUCUGGGGAAUCGUACGGGGGCCGUUAUCUCCCGGUGUUUGCGAGUGAGAUAUACGACCAGAACCAGAUAGCAAAAGUUGAAGGUCGCCCGACGCUGAAUCUUCAGAGUGUGCUGAUUGGUAACGGCAUUACGGAUAUUUCGACUUUAUACGCGGGAAGAUAUGAGAUCGAGUGUGGUACCGCUGCUCUCGAUGUUCCUUUUCAAUCUAUAAAGACCUGUGUUCGCAUGAAAACUGCCCUGCCACGAUGUCAAUUGGCCAUGCGUCAAGGCUGUAUAGAAUCCUUUGAUACCAUUAACUGUCGGGCAGCAGUCAACUUUUGUGAUUCUGAACUAUCAACAGGGAUGUGGGCCAGUGGUCGCAAUGUGUAUGAUAUCUCCAAGAUGUGCGUUGGAGACGACCUGUGCUAUGCUGAAAAUACAGCUAUCAAGAAGUACCUCGAUUUGCCCGAAACUCGGAAAUUACUGGGUGUGGAGACGCCAUACAACUUUUCUGCGUGCUCUUCUAUGGUCGGCCAGAACUUUAAUGCGCAUAUGGACAAAUGGGCCGUACCGACACAAUAUUAUGUCGCUGGCCUCCUUGACCGAGGUAUCCGGGUAUUGAUUUACGCAGGAACUUAUGAUUGGCAGUGCAAUUGGGUCGCGAAUAAAUUGUGGGUUGAUGAACUGGAAUGGAGCGGGAAGAAAGAAUACACUGAAGUCCAGUGGGAAGAUUGGUUUGUUGGGGGUAGCAAGGCGGGUGAAAUCAAGCAAACAACGUUGCUGACGUUUGCGAUGGUUCGAGGAGCUGGACAUAUGGUCCCGCACGACAAACCUGCCGAGUCUCUCGCCUUGAUCAGCCAUUGGAUAGCCAAUGGACACCUUUGGUGAUGAUUGAUGAUGGCGUGUCAGAUACCAGCCAAUCAAUACUAACCGCGAUUACAAUGUCCGACCACACCGUCCCGAGGUUACACGCUGGUCGGAAGGAUGGCGCGAUCUGAUUGCGGGAGCUGAGGACCGGAUUGAAUUUUUUUUUCUUAUUCAGUUGUCCUGAGCUCCUCCUAUCCAUCCAUGAUCAUAGUUCUCAGGGUCCUAGAACACUUUAUAACAAAGCGAUUGUUGAGCCCUGGUAGAUCUUCUCUUGGAUAACUUCGCUUGGACCA